UAAGCGUAUGGUGAUUGACUUUUCAAGAAUAGGCAUUAGGCCAGGAGCACAUCCAUCUGUGGAGUUGAAUCCCCUCCCUGUGUAAACACCAUCAGGCAUCAAGUUCUGACUUGGGAAGAGUAGAAAUUAAAACCAUGUUUGAAUUUUGGAAUGUCUGUUUGUUUGGUUUUAAUUGAACAAGAAAUAAAGUUUAUUAUAGAUUUGGAUUGGAUUAUAUUUGCUUAUAAUUAAUUCCUACCAAAAUCAAAUAUCAAAAAUCAAAAUCUGUGGGACAGGAGGGUUGUGUCUGUUUAGAGAGUGUAAGUGAAUUGAUCGAUAGAUAGAUAGAUAGAUAGAUUGAUAGAUGGGAGAUGGAAAAGCAAAUUUCACCGUGGACGAAGCUCUGGUGGGCAUGGGAUUCGGAAAGUUCCAAGUUUUGGUGCUCACAUAUGCGGGUAUGGCAUGGAUAUCAGAAGCUAUGGAGAUGAUGCUUCUUUCUUUUGUGGGACCCGCACUUGCCUCUUCAUGGGGUCUCUCUUCCAAUCAACAGGCACUCCUCACCACCGUUGUUUUUGCGGGCAUGCUCGUUGGCGCCUACUCUUGGGGCAUUGUUUCCGAUCGACAUGGUCGCCGGAAAGGUUUUCUUAUUACGGCAACUGUUACUGCUAGCGCUGGAUUUCUGAGCGCCCUUGCACCUAAUUAUACAUGGUUGAUGAUUUUUCGUUGUUUUGUGGGUCUUGGUUUGGGUGGUGGCCCUGUACUCUCAUCCUGGUUUCUGGAGUUCAUUCCUGCUCCCAACAGAGGCACUUGGAUGGUCGUUUUUUCUGCUUUCUGGACCGUUGGCACAAUUUUUGAGGCUUCACUUGCAUGGUUUGUCAUGCCAACGCUGGGUUGGAGAUGGCUACUUGCACUGUCUUCACUUCCUUCUUCACUUCUGCUUCUAUUCUAUUCAGUUGCACCUGAGUCACCACGGUUUUUAUGUUUAAAAGGUAGAACAACUGAAGCACUUAUUGUAUUGGAGAAAAUAGCAAGACUGAAUGGAACAAAACUCCCUUCUGGCAAUCUUAUUUCUGAUCAUGACCAAACUGAGCUUCAAGAAAAGAAUAAUCCUCCGUCAGAAGAUUCACAUUUACUCUCGCCGACAAGAGAUGAAAAUGAGACAACGAAGGGGACGGACCCUGAUGCUGGGGGUGUCUCAUCUGUAUUCAUGCUUCUUUCCCCAGAAUUAGUUAAGUCUACCCUGCUCCUAUGGUUAGUGUUCUUUGGAAAUGCUUUUUCUUAUUAUGGACUCGUGCUGCUUACCUCUGAGUUGAGCACUGGGGAUGGUAAAUGUGUCCCAAACCAAAUGCACUCGGAAAAAUCACAUGAUGUCAGCUACAAAGAUGUUUUUAUCACUAGUUUUGCAGAAUUACCUGGGCUACUAAUCUCUGCUGCCACGGUUGAUAGACUGGGUCGCAAACUUUCAAUGUCAUCCAUGUUCUUUCUUUGCUGCAUAUUUCUUUUCCCGUUGGUAGUCCAUCAACCUCAGGAAUUAACUACGGGUCUUCUGUUUGGAGCUCGCAUAUGCAUCACAGCGACUUUUACAAUUGUCUAUAUAUAUGCUCCAGAGAUAUACCCAACGUCGGUGAGAACAACCGGAGUAGGAGUAGCAAGCUCGGUGGGAAGAAUUGGUGGAAUGAUAUGUCCUAUGGUUUCGGUGGGGUUAAUACAAGGAUGCCAUCAAACAGCAUCAAUAAUUCUGUUUGAGAUUGUAGUGUUUCUUUCAGGAGUUGGAGCAGUGCUAUUCCCUUUCGAAACCAAGGGUCGUGAAUUGACAGACCAUGUUUCAUCUUCCUCCUCCAAAGUCUAAACGAAGUCAAAUUCAUAUACUUUCGACUUUGAUUGGACUCAUCACACCACAAUCUUUUAUACAUUACAAUUUUUUUUACAUUUACCAAAUUCCUCCUCUAUACAUACAAACUUCCAUCUGUAUAAGUUCUGAUACUUCAUUUGUUAAUUGUUAAAUCUCUGAGUAAUGGAGGUAGUAUUUUUUUAUUUUA